CUCUGCCGCUCGGCGUGAGCCGGGCGCUAACGGAUCUUCCCUCACCGUCCGAAGGAGACCUCGACAUCGCACUGCAAGUAUAACCCAGAUCACGCCCUUUAGCACUUAUUAGCCUAGGAAACAUUAUAUUGCAAGCAGAUUUUUUCUUAGUUGCGAUGGCCGGAAGGAAAAAGGAGAUUCAAAUUGAGAUUCCAAUACACAAUGAAGCAGAAUGGGAUGAAAUGUUUGAAGCCAAAGGCUUAUCAGUAGUGGAUGUUCAUCAAGGCUGGUGUGGACCAUGUAAAGCAAUCUUAAGUACGUUCAGGAGAUUGAAAAUGGAAUUUGGGGAAGAGCUGUUACAUUUUCACACAGUUCAAGCUGGCCUCAUUCCAUUACUCCAAGGAUUUGAUGGAAAAUGUGAACCUGCCUUCUUGUUUAUUGUGGCUGGUAAGAUCGUGGAUUAUGUAAAAGGUGUCAAUGCACCAGUUAUUAAUAGAAAGAUUAUUGAGUAUUUGGAGAUGGAAACAGAAUACUACGAGAAAGGAGUAGAACGUCAAGAUGAUGAAGAGCUUAUGAACUGUUGUAAUCAAGGUCAAUGACUGGUCAGGGUUCUCAAUCUGAUGUUGCCUGACCUCAAAAGGUACCAUCCCAAUGGAUAUUUCUGGAUAUAACCUCUCUCUCAAAUAUCUCCACACUAUAGAAAAUAUAAAUGGUGGAUAAAAAUUAAACAUUAGCUACUUAAAACAACAGAGUACAUACACUGCUAUCUUCCACUUAUGUGGAUCUGAACUCAUAAUGCCUGUUGUAUUCCUUUGCAUUUAAAACUUACACCAAGGUUACAUGCUUAUUCUUAAAACACAUAAAACACACUCGCAAAUAAGUCUGCUAGUAUAUAGUUCUCCGAAGAAGCAUACACACACCCCACUGGUGUCCUGAACGGUCAGCAAUCACCUUUUGCAAAUGGUGACCUUCUGUCAUCAAAUUACACAAAACUGUCUAGACUUACAUAAACAUGCACACACACUCCACACUAUUAUAUCUACCAGUUCUCCUCCAUGUUCAUGGUACUUUGUGAUCCUGUGAGAUUGACCUGAACAGAUGUAAGUGUGAGUACUAAUCUUAAAAAAAUACUCACCCACUUAGACUGCUGAGAUCGCUGGCCAAACAAUGGGAUACAAAUAUAUCCCGCAAGAGCCCCCAAAUGUUGUGAUGGUAAAUGAAGUUACCAGGAGAUACUGAAGCUGGUAAUAUGUCUUUAUUCCGGACAACAACAGGCAUCGUACUGGAGACACCCUUGGAAGAAGAGACCUCCUGACCCAAUAUUACAUUACAUUUUGUACAUAAAGGAACAAAGGUAACAAUUUACAAUGCAUUCAUAAUGUUUCCUUUCAGUUGCACAAAAUUUCAAACAUGUAGCUGUUCGCAGCAACACACUCAAAGUGAGUGUUAACUACCUCUGUCUCUCUCGCUGCACUAUAUAUAACCAGGCAUCUCAGGUGAGGGGUGUUUCCUGUUUUGCAAUCAACUCCAGUCUGCAGCUCCAAGAAGUCCAAUGUUUUGAGGUGCAUUUUAAAUUCAAUCUGCAAUCCACAUUCAAAUUUGAAGACUGGUUCCUGUUGAAAUUAAUAUUUGCUAUAUACCCUAACUCAAGAAUACACCCUAACAAUAGCCCUUAAGGGCUUGUUUCUGCGCUGCAUUAUUCUAUGACUCUAUGAAUACCAUUCCUGUCCCCAAUUACAAUAGUUGAUUCUGUCAGUCUCUGAUAUCUCACUGUUCACCUAAGCCCUUUCACCUCAGCACUUGAAAAAAAAAUGGUCCUCAGGUUAAAAUCAGGGCCAAUUAUGGAGGCAUUAGGCAGGAUAUUAGACUACAUGACCAUAAUAUUACAUACCCUGUGGGUAUCUUGUGACUGUCUUAUGACCUUGAUGUAAUUGAGUAUUUGGUGAGCAUGAUGUAACGGUCUUGUGAUGGUGGGGUGAUGUAAUUUUCCCGCCAGUGUGAGAUCACGUGAUAACAUGUUCUCAACAGGUAUAUAAUGGGAAACCCCUGUUGUUACGCAGUUCAGUCAUUAUUUAAUUCGUUAGUUACUCCGUUAUGCUGCAUAUUUGUCUCAUGAUGCAAUUUUGUUUUAAAGUGGAGUUUUACUUUCUACUGUAAGGUACAGAAUCGUUGUGCUGGCAGUUUCGCCAGUCGCUGCCAGUUUUGUUUGAUGUAUCUUUGAUUUAAUUUUAAAGUCUAAGUAUUGGAGAGUGAAGACUUUAUCGAGGUACAGGAACUUGAUGGAUCGAGUAAAGUUGGUGUCAUUCAGCGGUUUAAUAUAGGAUUGACCUUAUUGAAUCUUCGUUCAGGAAAUAGUGACCUGCAUCUGAGAUAACCCCUGCCUAUAAGAACAGAAAGGGUGUGCAGUGUUCACUCGCCAAAAAAAGGUCAGUUACUUUAAGCCGUUUUUAUUUCCCUCACCGUGAAUCCUUUGAGCAAGGCAUAUUUCGGCUGGGAUCAGCAGUCAUCGUCAUCAGGAAUUUAUUACUUCAGGAAAGUCUCUCCUAAUUGACUGUAUAAAUCACUUGGGACUUUCAUAUUUACCACUUUUAAGACUGUGUUCACACUUACCACUUUAAGACUGUAUUCGCAUUUACCACUUUAAGAACUG